AUGCGGAAUGUGGAGAUCAAAGCUCGCUUGGAUGCAGAAAAUGCGAAAACUGUGGAGGAAAUCUGCUGCCAGAUUACUGGCGAAAAAGCAACAAUCCUGAAACAGAUCGACACAUUCUUCCAAAGUGCCAACGGUCGACUGAAGCUGCGCCAACUGGAGUCACAUGCUGAAUUGAUUUACUACGAACGCUCCGACCAAGCAGGUCCCAAGCUAUCAACAUUCAACAUCCAUCGUGUGGCACUGCCAGAGGCCCCAACUCUGUGCACUAUGCUGUCCUCGGCCAUGGGUGCGCGUGGCACAGUGGAAAAACAACGCAAGCUAUGGCUAGUCGGACAAACCAGAGUGCAUCUAGACCACGUGACCAGUCUGGGCUGGUUCAUGGAGCUGGAAGUGGUGCUGACCGAGCACCAGGGAACGGAUGAAGGCGAAACAAUUGCUGGCGAGCUCAUGGAGCGGCUUGGCAUCCAGAAAUCGCAGCUCAUCUCGUCGGCAUACAUUGACUUGGUAGAGGCUGCAUCAACAAAGGGCACAUGA